CUUCAAUGAUGAAUGUGAUUGGCUGCUUUUCCGGUCGUUCCUGUCCGAUAAGCUUAUCGGUUCUCAAACGCACACUGUGCAGCGACCCGGUUGCAGUUCAGGAACCACUGCAGGGCCCCUCGAGGUGAUCGUCAUCAUCCCAUCCGCCGUUGUGUUUCGUCUGGUUCAACAGAAACUAGGAGCAACCUAAAGACAAAGCACAAUACAACAUCUUCCUACACCGACGGCGAGGCUUCUUUUGCAAGCGCACCGCUCUCAGACUCUCUCCUCAAACACUUGAUCACCGCUUCGAUUCCCGAACUUGUCCUUGAGCUUCUCCGUACCUCCUCCCUUGAAAGAUAGAACGUCGCCGAUAUUCAAAAUGGCUCCGAACGGCAACGAUAGCAAGGAGAUAACGGCGUCACAACUCCCCGACCUGCUCGCCAAUGACAACUCGGUCAAACUCGCCGGUGUCGAUGUCGACGGUCAGCUGCGCGGCAAGCUUGUAUCCAAGAAGAAGUUCCUCUCCAUUGCCGAGUCAGGUUUCGGCUUCUGCUCUGUCAUCUUCGGGUGGGAUAUGCACGAUCAGACAUACAUAAAAGAGCUGAAGGUCAGCAACAAGGAAAACGGAUACAGAGACAUCAUUGCUAUCCCAGAUCUGAACAGCUUCCGGCGCAUCCCAUGGGAGAACAAUGUGCCCUUCUUCUUGAUCAGCUUCCAUGACCCUGACACCAUGGAGCCCGUGUCGGCUUGCCCGCGUGGUCUGCUGAGGAAACAGUUGGCAAAGCUGGGUGAGAAGGGAUAUGGGGCUAUGGCUGGAGCCGAGUACGAAUUCUUCCAGUUCCGAGCGCCGUCAGAAAGUGCUUCCGAUUCAACAGCGUCGUACCUGAAAGAGAAUCCUCCUCAUUCACUACCAUCCCUGACUGAGGGCAUGUUUGGCUACAGUUUGACACGACCGGUCCACAACAAGGAUUACUACUACGAUAUCUUCAACACAUGCGAACAGUUCCAGUGCAACAUUGAAGGCUGGCAUACCGAGAGUGGACCGGGUGUAUUUGAGGCUGCGCUCGAGUUCGGUGAAGUUAAGCAGAUGGCCGACCGUGCGAGCUUGUUCAAAUAUGUUGUCAAGUCGGUGGCCACGAAAUACGGAAUCACUCCUUGCUUUAUGGCCAAGCCCAAGCAAGGCCUCCCUGGAAACAGCGGACAUAUGCACAUAUCGAUCGUCGACAAAGAUGGCAAGAAUCUUCUGGCUCGCGAAGAAGCCGAUCCCAACGCUCCAUAUCCCGAUGUGGCCUAUCUCUCCGACCUGGGCAGACAUUUCCUUGCCGGAAUCCUCGAAGGUCUACCAGAUGUCAUGCCCAUGGUUGCCCCAACCAUCAACAGCUACAAGCGGCUUGUUGAAAACUUCUGGGCACCUGUAACCGUCUCAUGGGGUCUGGAGCACCGUGCCGCUUCGAUCAGACUUAUCGGUCCUCCGGGCUCCAAGGCUGGUGCGACCCGCUUCGAAGUUCGCGUCCCUGGUGCGGAUGCCAACCCGUUCUACGUUCUGUCUGCCGUGCUAGCAUUGGGCUGGCGCGGUGUAGAGAAGAAGCUUGAGAUUCCUUGCCCGCCGCUAGGCAAGGGAGAGCAGGUUGGCGGAGAGACGGAUGCCGGUGCUAGGUUGGCCAAGAGUCUGAAGCAGGCCACCGAGCGGUUUAUGAGCAAGGAUAGUAUCGCGAGGGAAGUGUUUGGAGACGAGUUUGUGGACCAUUUUGGAGGGACGAGAGAGCAUGAGAUCCGGCUCUGGGAUGAGGCCGUCACGGACUGGGAGAUGAAGAGGUAUAUCGAGACCGUCUAAACUACCGAACGCUUUCCUUUGUUCUAGUCAUGAGUCACGACUAAUGAACUUUGCGGCUUCCUGUUCUUGGGUUGUAAUGCGCUGGAGUCAUUUUUGAAGUUGGAUAGCUUUAUUCGCAUCUUUAAACAGUUUAAUGCGAUACCCAGUUAUGUCUUUGAUGUUCUUUGGUUCUCCCGGAUGGAAGCGCCUUUUUGUUCUAUAUCUUACACCACUUCGUCCACCAUACUCCAGCCCAGCUGCCGAACCUGCCUCGCUUCCUUCCAUCCCAUCCCAUCCCAUCCCAUCCCAUCCCAAACCAGAUCAGACCGCCUAUACGGGUAUAUGAUUGACCCGAUUGGCACCUUCUUUCAC